AGCGUGCUCUCUGGGUUCCGCGCAAUUUUGCCGGGAAAACGGAAAUCGGCUCGUUGUCAGACUCAGCGAACUGAAGUGGCGGGAGAUUCUGGCAGUUCGGUACCGGAUCAGUGGGGCUCGUGCUGGAUAAAAGGCUUCUGAGGAAUGGAUUUUAAGCGACGGAAUGGAGGACCUUCGAUGGGCGGCGUCUCUCAGGCCAAGAGGGGUAAAAUGGGCUCUGAGUGGGAGGACGGUCCGUCGCACUUUGAGGAAGAGCUCGCCCUGCUUGACGAAAUGGACAUGGAGAUGGAAUCGGGAGAAGGGCAGGCGGGUCAUGAUGUCAUCCCAGUGGGUGAUUUAUAUUCAGCGGAUCUGAAUCCACGCUGGCGCCGUCCCGCUGCGGCGACUCUUCAUCCCGAUAAAGACACGCUCAUCUUUCAGCAGAUUGACCUGGACUAUUAUCUGGGCGUUGCAGUGGCCGGGAUGCCAGGACAGGUCCAGGGGAAGGUUCCGGUGGUCCGUAUGUUUGGAGUGACAGACAGUGGGAACAGCGUCUGUUGUCAUAUACACGGUUUUGCUCCCUACUUCUACGUUCCUGCACCAGCCGGCUUCACUAGUUCUCACCUGGCGGAGUUUCAGAAGGAGCUGAACGCUGCUGUGUUGAAGGACAUGCGCUCCAACAAAGACAACAUCUCAGUCACUGUGCUAGCGGUGGACAUCACCCGCAAAGAGAGUAUGUACAGUUACCACGGUAAGCGUCCACUGGACUUCCUGCGCAUCACCAUGGCGAUGCCACGCCUGGUUGCCCCGGCGAAACGUAUUCUGGAGCAGGGAUUUAAGUUUGCUCACUUCUCCCUUCAGAGCUACCCUGCAUACGAGGCCAACAUUGACUUCGAGAUCAGGUUCAUGGUGGACUGUGAUGUGGUGGGCUGCUGCUGGAUCGAGUUGCCUAAAGGAAAGUACAAACUAAGAGAGGAGAAGAGUACAGGAGAGACGGACUCCCGAGACCCAGGCAAGGUGUCUCUGUGUCAGUACGAGGUGGAUGUUGGAUGGACAGAUCUGAUCAGUCACCCAGCAGAAGGGGACUGGCAGAGAAUCGCUCCUCUCAGGGUCCUCAGCUUCGACAUUGAGUGUGCGGGCAGAAAAGGUGUGUUUCCGGAGCCUGAGGUGGACCCGGUGAUUCAGAUCGCCUCCAUGGUGCAGCGUCAGGGAGAGAAGGAGCCUUUUAUCCGCACUGUGUUCACCUUACAGAGCUGUGCUAGUAUAGUGGGCUCUCAGAUCCUCUGCUUCACUCAAGAGAAGCAGCUACUACAGAGUUGGGCAGAGUUUGUGAGGAUGGUGGAUCCUGACAUCAUUACAGGGUACAAUAUUCAAAACUUUGACCUGCCGUACCUGCUCAACAGAGCCGCUACUUUAAAGGUGAAUUAUUUCCCCUAUCUGGGUCGUAUGAGGGGCAUCAGGUCGGUCCUUAAAGACUCCAGCUUCCAGAGCAAACAGAUGGGCCGCAGAGAAAACAAAACCGUCAACAUGGAGGGCAGAGUGCUGUUUGACCUUCUUCAGGUCCUGCUGAGGGACUAUAAGCUGCGCUCGUACACACUCAACGCCGUCAGUUUCCACUUCCUGCAGGAGCAGAAAGAGGAUGUCCAGCACUCCAUCAUUACAGACCUGCAGAAUGGAAAUGAGCAGACGAGGCGGCGUUUGGCUGUCUACUGUCUGAAAGAUGCCUACUUGCCCCUGCGCUUGCUGCAGAAGCUGAUGUGUGUGAUUAACUACAUGGAGAUGGCCAGAGUGACGGGCGUGCCCCUGACCUACCUCCUGUCUCGAGGCCAGCAGAUUAAAGUCGUGUCCCAGUUACUUCGACAGGCCAUGAAGCAGGACUUGGUGAUGCCGGUAGUAAAGACUGAAGGUGGGGAGGAUUAUACAGGUGCUACAGUCAUUGAGCCAGAGAAGGGGUACUACAGCGUGCCGAUUGCCACUCUGGAUUUUUCCUCGCUGUACCCAUCCAUUAUGAUGGCUCAUAACCUGUGUUACACUACACUGCUGCAGAAAGGCCAAGCGGAGAGACUGGGUCUCUCAUCAGAUGACUUCAUUAAGACGCCUACAGGAGAUCUGUUUGUCAAAAGCUCGGUGAGGAAGGGCCUCCUUCCCGAGAUCCUGGAGAACCUGCUGAGUGCCCGCAAGAGGGCGAAGGCUGAUCUGAAGAAGGAGACCGACCCGUUCAGGAAGCAGGUGUUGGAUGGCAGGCAGCUGGCUUUAAAGAUCAGCGCCAACUCUGUGUACGGUUUCACUGGUGCACAGGUGGGCAAACUGCCCUGUCUGGAGAUCUCGCAGAGUGUCACAGGCUUCGGCAGGCAGAUGAUUGAACAGACUAAGCAGCUUGUGGAAUCCAAAUACACCAUCUCUAAUGGAUAUCCAGCUGAUGCCAAGGUCAUCUAUGGAGACACAGACUCUGUUAUGGUGAAACUGGGAGUGGACACAGUGCAGGAGGCGAUGAACGCAGGAAAGGAGGCAGCUGAGUGGGUGUCCUCACACUUUGUCCCCCCAAUCAAACUGGAGUUUGAGAAGGUGUACUAUCCGUAUUUACUGAUCAAUAAGAAGAGGUACGCAGGCCUGUAUUUCUCCUCCAGUUCAGAGCAUCAUGAUAAGAUGGACUGUAAGGGAAUAGAGACUGUGAGGCGAGACAACUGCCCCCUAGUGGCCAACCUCAUCAACAUGUGCCUUCAAAAAAUCCUCAUAGACAGAGAUCCUGAUGGAGCUGUAGCCCAUGCUAAAGAGGUGAUCUCAGACCUUCUGUGUAACCGCAUUGACAUCAGCCAACUGGUGAUCACCAAGGAGUUGACGCGCACAGCGCAGGAGUACGCAGGAAAACAGGCCCAUGUGGAACUCGCAGAAAGGAUGCGAAAGCGAGAUGCAGGCAGCGCUCCUAAUCUCGGCGAUCGAGUUCCAUAUGUUAUCAUCAAGGCAGCUAAAGGAGUAGCAGCGUACAUGAAAUCAGAGGACCCUAUUUAUGUGCUGGAGAACAACAUCCCUAUCGACACAGAAUACUACCUCGAGCAGCAGCUGUCUAAACCUCUACUGCGCAUCUUUGAGCCUAUACUUGGAGAAACCAAGGCUGAGAGUGUAUUACUCAAGGGAGAUCACACACGCUGUAAGACCGUUCUGACCUCCAGAGUGGGCGGCCUCAUGGCCUUUGCGCAGAAACGUAGCACGUGCAUUGGCUGCAAAGCGGUUCUCAAAACAGACACUGCUGUGUGUGAUUUCUGCAAGAAGAAGGAGUCCGAGCUCUAUCAGAAAGAGAUUGCUCACCUGUCCUCACUGGAGGAGAAGUUCUCUCGUCUGUGGACUCAGUGUCAGCGCUGCCAAGGGUCCCUUCAUGAAGACGUGCUGUGUACCAGUCGAGACUGUCCUAUCUUCUACAUGAGGAAAAAGGUUCAGAAAGAUCUCGGUGAUCAAGAGAAGCUUGUUUCACGUUUCGGCUGGUGAGAGGAUCUCAGGAAUUGCAUCAUUACCUCCCUCCCAUCAUGCAUUGUUAUCAGAGUGGGUUUGUUUUGUUACUCUCUAUUUGUAAAGAGCCAUAUUUACCUUUUUGUACACAAUCAAUACAGUAGAAAAUAAAAUUUUCUUUUUUGUAAAA